GAUCCCUCCAGCUCCAUCGAUGUUUCCCCAUCUCUAGCAACUAAACGAUCCAGCGGAAAGAGAGCGGCUCGAGUUAAACAUUUGCUCGUAGCGGUAAAUUGCAUUGAGAAAUUGUCUUUAAUACAUUUUCUGCGGCCCACAAUAAACAUUAGCGCGUGUGUUCUGCCCCAAGAGUUUAACUGAUUAACAAAAACUGCGUUUUGCUUUCCCGAAUCACCAAGAAAGAAGCCGAAAGGGAGGUGCGCGAACAAAGCUCUUGCCGCCAAACGCGCAGCUGACGAAUUCGUGGGAAUAAACGUGCGUAAUUAUCGCCCGGUAAUAAUCGGAUUUUGCGUUUUAGGUCUCUGGUAAAGGAAAAGUCGCCUGUCCAUCCAGUGUCAAUUUGGCAUUCGGUUUCUAUUUCGUUUCUAUUUCGUUUGCCCUGUUUCGUUCACGUCCCGUUAAUUUUAGCUUUUCGUGUUUUCCUUGUCCUUCAACGUGAGCGUAACUCCUUCGUGUUUUUGUUCUCUGCGUCGCGACAGUGCAGCGUGCAACUCCUUUGGUGGUGCGAUCACUUGGUUUGCGAAGAAACGGCGAUAAGUGAAUAAAUUAUCAACGUGUGCAAAUCAAACUCGAAUUUAAACGGAUAACAACUAAAUCAAGAGAGCAAGCUUCCACAACCGAUUGCUCACCGAUUUGUAAGUUUGCACUACGAGGAAAAAGAAAACGUAGCGACCAUGAUGUCCUGCCCCAUUCCCAUGCAAUUGCAAAUGCCAAUUCCUUCAUUACACAAAUCAGAAUUUGAACCGGUUAAUAUUGGAGUUAAGCAAAUGCAAUUGUUGCACGCACCGCCGUCCACGCAUCCGCAUCCACAUCCGCAUCAGCAUCCGCAGCAUUCGGCAGCCUCAGCCGCCUCCUAUCAGGCCAUGCAGGUGCACCAGCAGCAACACCAACAGCAGCAGCAGCAGGCGGCCGUCUUUCACCACCAGGUUGCUGCCAUUGCCGCCCAGCAGCAACAACAGCAACAGCAGGCGCAAGUGCAGCAUCAGCAACAAAUGCAGCAGCAGUUCCACUACCAAGCCCAGGCUCAAGCUCAAGCGCAGGCCAUGCUGCAGACGUAUAUGCAACUUCAGGUGAACAGUGCUGUGGGUGUGAGCACCGCCCCCGCCACGCCUACCAAACCGGUAGCCGCCCAGAUUCCGGGUGCGAUCUCCGGACCGAUUGCGGGUCCGGUUCCUGUAUCUGUGCCGACACAGUUCUUCACGGCGCCGAGCACUCCAUUGACCAUCAUUCCGGCGGCGGCGGUGGCCUCGUCGGCCAUGUUCGCUACCGCGGCCACGCCCACUUCGGCGGCCACCACUCCGACCAACAAUGUAAAUAAUACAGUUAAUCUAUCAGCCGUAUCUAGAACUACUACCACUACUACUAAGAAGCAGCCGCAGGCAGUGGCGGAUGCAGUCCUGAGCGCCGUCGGCGGUAAUUUUGGCACCGCAGUGGGUGGUGGUACAAUAUCCUCGCUCCUGGGGCCAGAACCACUGCCGAUUAUGCCCCACCACUUACCACUGGCCAGCGUUCGGGGCUGCAGCAGCGCCAGCAGCGGCUGCAGUUCUGCAUCUUCUGAUUGUUCUAUGCCAUCGCCAACUUCACUACACUUAUCUUCUCCUAAAAAGCGCGGAAGCGACGAACUUUUGAGUCAAGCAGCGGUCAUGGCGCCCGCUUCCGACAAUAACAAUCAGGACCUGGCCACAAAGAAGGCCAAACUGGAGCCGGGCACCGUGCUGGCCGGCGGAAUCGCCAAGGCCUCGAAAGUCAUCCACUUGCGCAACAUUCCGAACGAGUCCGGCGAGGCAGAUGUGAUUGCCCUGGGCAUUCCGUUUGGACGUGUGACCAACGUGCUGGUGCUCAAGGGCAAGAACCAGGCUUUCAUCGAGAUGGCCGACGAGAUCUCCGCUACUUCGAUGGUGUCCUGUUACACAGUAAAUCCGCCCCAGAUGCGCGGCCGCAUGGUCUACGUGCAGUUUUCUAACCAUCGCGAGCUGAAGACGGACCAAGGUCACAACAACUCGAUCACCCAGAGCGACUACAGCGCCCAGUCCCCGGCGAGCGGAUCGCCUCUGCCCCUUAGCGCCGCUACCAAUUCUACCAGCAACAAUGCCAACAGCUCAAGCGACAGCAACAACAGCGCCAUGGGAAUCUUGCAAAACAACACAAGCGCCGUCAAUGCGGGCGGCAACGCCGCCGGGGGACCCAAUACUGUGCUCCGUGUGAUUGUCGAGUCCUUGAUGUACCCCGUCUCGCUGGACGUUCUGCACCAGAUCUUCCAGCGCUAUGGAAAGGUGCUAAAGAUUGUCACCUUCACAAAGAACAAUUCAUUCCAGGCCCUCAUCCAAUAUCCGGACGCCAACUCCGCCCAGCACGCCAAGUCGCUCCUGGACGGGCAGAAUAUAUACAACGGCUGCUGCACGCUGCGUAUUGAUAACAGCAAGCUGACGGCUCUGAAUGUUAAGUACAACAACGACAAAUCGCGCGACUUCACGAACCCCGCUCUGCCACCUGGUGAACCGGGAGUGGAUAUCAUGCCCACCGCCGGCGGACUGAUGAACACCAAUGAUCUUCUUUUGAUCGCCGCACGUCAGCGACCUUCUCUCUCAGGUGAUAAAAUAGUCAACGGCCUGGGCGCCCCCGGAGUCCUGCCGCCCUUUGCCUUGGGCCUGGGCACUCCACUGACCGGCGGGUACAACAACGCCCUGCCCAACUUAGCCGCUUUCUCGCUGGCCAACAGCGGCGCCCUGCAGCCGGCCGCUCCUGCAAUGCGAGGUUACUCGAAUGUCUUGCUUGUCUCGAAUUUAAAUGAGGAGAUGGUCACGCCUGAUGCUCUCUUUACCCUUUUUGGUGUAUACGGCGAUGUGCAACGUGUAAAGAUUCUGUACAACAAGAAGGACUCGGCACUCAUACAAAUGGCGGAGCCCCAGCAAGCUUAUUUGGCCAUGUCUCACCUUGAUAAAUUACGUUUAUGGGGAAAGCCGAUACGUGUGAUGGCAAGCAAACACCAGGCCGUUCAGCUGCCCAAGGAGGGACAGCCGGACGCAGGACUAACACGUGACUACUCGCAAAAUCCGUUGCACCGCUUCAAGAAACCGGGCAGCAAGAACUACCAGAACAUCUAUCCGCCGUCGGCGACACUGCAUUUAAGCAACAUUCCCUCAUCCUGCUCUGAGGAUGACAUCAAAGAAGCUUUCACCUCAAACAGCUUCGAAGUUAAAGCAUUCAAAUUUUUCCCGAAGGACCGUAAAAUGGCACUGCUGCAACUGUUGUCCGUUGAGGAGGCUGUCCUAGCACUGAUUAAGAUGCACAACCACCAGCUGUCCGAGUCGAAUCACCUUCGUGUAAGCUUCUCGAAGUCGAACAUCUAGAAUCCGAUGCGAAGUCAGGUUUACUGAACCUGACUAGGUACCUCCGGCGGGUACAGCUACAUACAGAUGCAUCAGCAGCAACACCUUCAGAUCCAUUGGCAGCAACAAAUACAAACUAUAAUCCGUAGUACAAGAAGAAUGCACGCAAACUUCUACUGAAAUGGCAGACUCCAGGAGCACUACCCACCCAAUCCAACAUUAAUCAGCAGAAACAAUCGAUGCAAGAGCUAUACCAAUUUUAAACAAUUCAACUCACUCUAAGAACUGUUUUCUGUUCAUACACCACCCUUUAGUGGGAAAAGACACAACCAAUUAAGGAAUCUUAAAAAAAAACUACAAAUAAACUAAAAAUAAAUAUACAUUAAAAUUA